UUGUGUUAAAAAAAAAAAAAAAAAAAAGGAAAGAAAAGAAAAGAAAGAUAAAUAAGCGCCGGCGUGCACGUGCAGAUUUAUCCUCGUCCAUUAUUUGAUUGUUUUAGACUCUGUUUUUCUGUGGAGGAACGUUCAGCUUUUGUGCUUUGAGCCAGAGACAAUCAUGAUCCUCCUGACUUCCUCCUCUGGUUUUUUCCAGUGUACCAACAAGCUCUUUCUGAGUGAUCGGGCUACAGGACUCCAGAUCAAGGAGUUUGCACGUAAAAAUGCAGCAAAUGCACUGUCAGUUGCCAACAUGGUCAUGGGCAUGGCCUCCAUUCUCAGCAGUCUUAAUGGGCACCAUCAUGCUGCAUGUUGGCUGGUUCUGAUUGGCUACCUACUGGAUUUGGCAGAUGGAGCAGUUGCCAGGCGACUAGAUGCCUGCUCUGCGCUGGGAGCAAAGCUGGAUGAUUUUGCCGACUUCACAACCUUUGGGAUUGCCACGUCCUUGCUGCUGAGGACACCUGACCUGCUGGACAACAUCCUGUGCAUGUGUUACGUCAUGUCUGUGUUUGUCCGCCUCUGUUUCUUCUCAAGUGGGAUCCCAUUCAUGUAUCGUGGUCUGCCGUGCAUCUACUCUUCAGCCAUUCUGGCCAGUGCGUCUCUACUGUCGGGAGGAAAUAUGGCUUUGCUGCGGGUAAUUGCAGUGGCCAUGAUCCUCUUUAUGAUCAGCCAGAACUUCUACCCUCAUGACAGAGUGCUGGAGUCCCAGGCCUGGAAGAAAGUGGUCUACGCUGGAGGAGUCAUCAUGGUGUUCUGCUCUUCCUUCCCUCCUGCAUGUGUGUACUACCUGCUGUGGUCUGUCUCCUACAUUUUGUUCCCAGCAUCACUUUGGAGUAGCAAGGUGUAAAGGAGUGUUGGCCUUGUGUAAAACUCCCAGUAGGUUUACCUCCGGCUCAUCUGGAGUAAACUGAUGUUUCCAGACUGCUGCUGCCCCCCCAAUGUCACGGAGGACCCUUACUGAACAGAUGAACUUUCAUUCUAUUUAACCUUUAUUUUAAUACGACACCUUGAAGCCAGUAUCUGGAUUUAAGAGCGUUAAGAGGGAUGUGAAGGACCGGUAAGGAUUAACCUUUCAUGCUGUCUGAUUUUUAGAUGAAUUUUCACUGAACGUGGUGAUUGGAUGAGUUGUUUUAAAAGCAUAACUUUCUAAAGCCUCAUCUCCAGUGUUAUCUACCUAUUACAACAGGGGUGGGCAACCUGUGGCUCCUGGGCCACAAUUGGCUCUUGGGGCCUUUUUAAGUGGCUCCAUGUGGCUUUGUCAAAAAACAUGGAAACACUUCUAUUGUUUUUUUUUUUUACACACAUUUUGGUAUUGUUUUUGCAACCAUAAACUUAUUCUGAUGUUAUGCAGUUGUAAAAAUGUAACUACACUCCAAAUGAAUCAAAAUGUAGUAGUGGUAGUAAUAGUAAAACAAGACUGCUUUUUAUUUUAUGAUACUGAAGGUGUCUGUAUACUCAACACAAUAAUGACAAAUUUCACCAUUUCCUUUAGUUCUGUCAUUUAUUUGUAGUUCUGUAAAUGCACUGAAACUUUGAUUUCGGUAAAACACAUAAGGAUAUCUUUUGGCUCCAGACAGAUUUUCUUUUCUAUUUUUGUCCUAAAAUGGCUCUUUUGAUAUCAAAGGUUGCCGACCCGUGUAUGACAGUAUUAAUUCAGUCUAUUGUCUAUGUUGAGGACAUGUGGCAGCAGGGCAUAUCAUAGAAUCUCCUUAGAGGAUAAUAUAAAAAGAAAUUAUUUCAAAUGAAAUAUCUGCACAGUAAUUGUGUUCAUUUCUAAUUUUGUAACCACAAGACAAAAGAAUGGGUAUUUUACAGUGUUGACUACAGUAAAAUGGGAAACUACUGAGUGCUAUUGUAUGUAAGUAUGGAUUUUAUUUAAUGGAUUUACAACAUGAUUUCCCAGAUCUAAGAUUUAAUAGUCCACGUUCUCGAUUGUUUAUCGAUAACAGGGUAAUGGGCAUUCACGCAGCACUAUGAAUACUCUUAUGUCAACUGACAUCUAUUAAUGUUUGUGUCAGGGCUGGGGUCCCUUCACUUUUAUGGUCUUUUCAACAGUUAUUGAGCAAGUCCCACUUUUUUUUCUCUCUAAGAAGUGGUGUUAAUUUGUGUAGUUGCUGAAUAAAUCACUGAACAUUAUGGUACAGUUAGUUAAAAUACUUUUUGAAUGUAAAUUCAGCUCAAAGUGAACUGACGCCAGCCCUGGCUUAUGGAAACUUUCUUUUUUAGACUUUUAAUUCUGUCCAAAAUAUGACAUGUUUGAUUUCCAUUUCUUCUAUGUGUGAUUUUAUUAGGUUAUUAUACAUGUUUGCCUCUGUUUUAAGAGGCAUUGCAUUUUAAAUGGUAAAUCCACACUAGAUCUGCAACACGACACAACAGCCUCUGACCACAGCUCCAUCAGUUAUGUCAUUGCCAUUGUUUUCCAUCACUGUCAGAAAACCUGCAGUGACAUCACUGAUGGAGGUGGAGUCAGAAAUGCAACAUGAGUGAAAACUUGAACUCCGAGCGUUGCACUGCAGCUGCAGUUUUCUGGUGUGAUUCAGUGUGGACUUACCCUUAAAGCAUGACACACACCUGCUGCAAAUCCUGUUUCCUGCCAUCUAGUGGUUGAAACAUUUCCUUUACUGCACAACUUACUGGGAAGUAAAACAUUAGUGUGUUAUUCUUUAACCCGGCCAGUACUCAGUCUGAGGGACAUCAUUUUGUUUUAUAGACCAGUCCUUUUUAUUGAGGGCACUGUUCUGAUGUCACUCAUCAUGUUUAGUAGUGGGUGUUUAUGCCUUUUUUGCAGAGAUAAUAAAUAAAUUGUGUGACAAAUGGAAAGAUUAUAUAGUUUUAUAAGGAUUUCUUUAUUUGAUAGCACAGAGAAAAAUAUUAUUAUAUCUAUUCACAGCCCCAAAAGCUACUGACUGAUUCACUCCAUACCUUAUGAAAAGUGUCUUUCCUGUAUUCAGAGGUGUCACAAUGUAAGGCACGACAUAGCUUACAGUUGACUUUUGUGAUUUAAAUGAUAUAAACCUUCUUGAAGCCAUAACUCAUAGUUUUAGGAACUUCUGAGUUAUCCACAUACCGCAGGCUGAACAGAGCUUCGUAAAUCAAACUUCUCCUGAUCUUGUCUGCUGACAAUUUUGAUUUAAACACACAGCUGUUAGUCGACACCGUUUAUCAUAACCGACGUUUUGAGGAAAACGUGGUAAAGUGCAUACACAGACUGAACAGAAAUCUGCUGUAGUAAAUUCAGUAGUGCAUUCAGCUUUCCUGUGUGGGUGUUUUGGUUUUUAAAUUGUAAAUUUACAGUCAUGUAUGCAUGCCGAGAGCAUUAUUUUGAUACAAAAACUGUACUUUGCCCAGUUAUUUAAAAAGAAAAAUAACAAAAAAUAUCUUAAAGAAUAAUUAGAUCUGUGCUUUUAAGUCUGUACAUUUUGGACAAUAAAGAGUAAUAU